AUGUCGGAAGUUUAUAGCAUUGAGCCUAAAACAUGUGGAAAAGUAAUCAUAUAUACCAGCCUAGGUGAAUUGGAAAUUUUGCUCUUCAGUAACGAAUGCCCAAUAGCUUGUAAAAAUUUUAUUCAAUUGUGUUUAAAUAAUUACUAUAAUAAAAAUAAGUUUUUUCGAGUUAUUCCAAAAUUUUUAAUUCAAACGGGAGACCACACAAAUACUGGAUUACAUAAUGAAUAUGCCUUUAAGGAGCCUUUCCAAAAUGAAUGUAAUAGUCGAUUAAAAUUUUUAUAUAUGGGAUGUGUAGCUUUUGCUAAUUUAAAUAUAGACAAUCCAUCUAACGGUAGUCAAUUUUUUAUUACCCUUGAUAAAUCUGAAUGGUUAAAUAACAAAAGUACUUUAUUUGGAAAAGUAGCUAAACAUAGUCUAUAUAAUUUGAUAAAAUUUAAUAAUAUUAAAACUAAUAAAAAUGAUGAACCUAUAGAAGAUAUCCCAUAUAUUGAAUAUAUAAAAGUUAUUGAAAAUCCAUUUCACCAUUUAAUUCCUUCUAUUCGUUAUGAAGAAGAUAAAUUAAAACAAAAAAAAGAGGAAAGCUCGGAAAUAAAGCCUAAGAAAAGUCUAAAACCAAAUUUGCUUUCUUUCACUUUUGAGGGAAGUGAUGCGGAUCAGGAAGAAGAAAAAGAGGAGGAAGAAAAAGAGGAGGAAGAAAAAGAGGAGGAAGAAAAAGAGGAGGAAGAAAAAGAGGAGGAAGAAAAAGAGGAGGAAGAAAAAGAGGAGGAAGAAAACGGAGAGGAAGAAAAAGGAGAGGAAGAAAACGAAGAGGAAGAAAAAGGAGAGGAAGAAAUGGAGGAUGAAAAUGAGGAGGAAAAACAAGCAAAAAUAAAUUUGCUGAAAAAAAAAGCAACUGAAAUAGAAAAAUUGAACCCAAAGAAAAAUAAAAGUCCCUCAUCCUUAAAUGAAAUCACAGAUUUAGACGAAGAAUACUUGAAGAAAAUAAAAAAACGCAAAAAAAUGUCCAAAAAAGAAAGAGAAGAAGAGUCACUUAAAAAGUUAAAAGAAUUUGAUAAUCGCCUGAAGGAGCUUUUUUCAAAGAAGGGUAGUCAAAAUACUGUAUCGAAGCCCGAUUGGAUAAACACAACAGGGUUGAAAUUUCGCAUUGAUUCCUCCAAUGCUUAUGACUAUGAAGACCUUAAAAAAAAUGUUGUGGAUUCGAUGGACAACGAAAGGAAAGAAACUUACAACCCCAAUUUUAAUAUGAAGAAAUAUAAAAAGAAAAGAGAAAAAUAA